AUGUUAACGGAAGAAGAAUUACCUAAUCUCAAAUCAAGCACAAAAUUAGGAAUUGAUAUGGAUGCAGAGAAUCAAGAGAAUGUUAUUAUUAUGCCAAAGAAAGUUCAAAAAAAAGAGGUAGUUAAAAAGAAAAUAGAGAAUAAAGAAACAGAGGAGAAAGUCACAAAGAUCGUUGUAAAUGAUGGGAAGAAGACAUUUGGAUUUGGAUUUGUUAAUGAGAAAAUGGAAGUUGUUGACAAAGAUGAGAAAAAAGGAAGAGAUGAAAAAGUAGUUUUCGUUAAAGAAGAGAGUUCAGAAGAAAGUGAAGAAAAUAAAGAAAUGAGUGAAGAUCAAGAAGAAGAAACAAAAGAUACUAAAGAAGAAGUAAAAGAAGAAAUAAAAGAUAAUAAAGAAGAAACAAAAGAUAAUAAAGAAGAAGUAAAAGAUAAUAAAGAAGAAAUAAAAGAAAGAAAGAAUAAAAGAAUAAUUGCAGUAAAUAUAAAAAGAAAGGAAGAGAUUGAAAAAAGAAGAAAAGAAUUACCAAUACUAAUGGAAGAAAGAAUAACACAACCAAGAAGAAUAGCAGCAACAGCGAUGGCAAAACGAGUAGGAGAAGAAAUGGGAGAAGAAGGAGGAGUAGUAUCAUAUCAAAUUAGAUAUGAUAGUCAAGUAAAAGAAAAUACUAAAAUCAAAUUUAUGACAGAUGGGAUAUUAUUAAGAGAAAUUCAAAGUGAUGUAUUAUUAAGAAAAUACUCAUGUAUUAUUAUUGAUGAAGCACAUGAAAGAAAUUUAAAUACAGAUAUAUUAAUUGGUAUUUUAAGUCGAAUAGUAAAAUUAAGAAAUAAGAGAGGAGAAGCAAUGAGAUUAAUUAUUAUGUCGGCAACACUUAGAGUAAGUGAAUUUACAGAAAAUCAAAGAUUAUUUAAAAAAGCACCAAAAGUAAUUAAAGUAGAAACAAGACAAUAUCCAGUAAGAACAUAUUUUAGUAAAAGAACAGAAAUAGAAGAUUAUUGUUCAGAAGCAAUUAAAAAAGUAAAUAAAAUUCAUAAAAAAUUACCAGGAGGAGGAAUUUUAGUAUUUUUAACAGGUCAUAAAGAAAUUGAAGAAGUUUGUAAAGAAUUAAGAAAUAAUAAAGAAAAUCAAGAAUUAUAUGUACUAGCAUUAUAUUCAAGUUUAGAACCAAAAGAACAAGAAAAAAUAUUUGAAAAAAUACCAGAAGGAAAAAGAUUAUGUGUAAUAUCAACAGAUAUUGCAGAAACAUCAAUUACAAUUCCAAAUAUUAAAUAUGUUGUUGAUAGUGGAAGAAAAAAAACAAGAUAUUACGAUACUAAAAGUGGAAUAAGUUCAUUUGUCAUUAAAUGGAUUUCAAAAGCAUCAGCAGCACAAAGAGCAGGAAGAGCAGGAAGAAAUUUUGAAGGAUAUUGUUAUAGACUUUAUUCAUCAUCAAUAUAUGAAAAUAUAUUUGAAGAAUUUGAAAAAGCAGAAAUUGAAAGAAUGCCAUUAGAAAGUGUUAUAUUAACAUUAAAAGGAAUGGGAAUUGAUAAAGUAAUAAAUUUUCCAGUUCCAAGUCAAAUUAAUAUAGAAAGAUUAAAAGAAGCAAAUAAAAUAUUAGAAAUAAUAGGAAUUUUAGAUUCUAAAGAAAGAAUAACAGAAAUUGGAAAAAUUAUUAAAGAAUAUCCAUUACAUCCAAGAUUAGGAAAAAUAUUAUAUUUAACUCAAAAAAAAGGAAUUGAAGAAAUUGGAUUAACAUUAGUUUCAGGAUUAAGUGUAAAUGAUAUUUUUCUUGAUCAAGAAUGUGAUCGUUCUUUAUUUAUAAAUAAAGAUUCUGAUUUAAUUAGUUUAAUUUUAUUAAUUGAUACUUUCCGUAUUGCUGAAGCUAAAAAAAGUAUUACUGAAUUACAAUAUUGUAAACUUUAUGGUAUUAAAAUUCAAGCUUUUCAUGAAAUUUUAUUACUUAGAUCUCAACUUUGUAAUAUUUUAGGUAAACAAAAUAAAAUUCCAACUCAUUUAAUUACUCCUUCUGAACAAAUCGAACUUAGAAAAAUUAUUGCUUCUUGUUUUGUUGAUAAUGUUGCUAGACUUGUUAGAAGAGAAGAACUUGGUAAAUAUAUUAAUUCGGGUUUAAGGCAUGCUUAUCUUACAGCUAUUACUAAACAACCUGCUGUUAUUUCUUCUAAAAGUGUUUUAUAUGGUCAACUUCCUGAUUAUAUUGUUUUUCAUGAAAUAGUAGAAACUGCUUAUAAAACAAUGGUUGGUGUUACUCGUGUAAAUUUUAAAUGGCUUGAAGAUGCUUCUCCUGAUUUCAUUACUUCUUUUGAAAAAAAAUCUUUUAAUUAA